AUGCUGACUGUAUUCUUGGCCACCGUUAUCUUCCCGGCUGCACUUGCUGUAGCUCAAGAUGUAGAUGCCAGUGGUGAAGAAUUCAUUGUCGCUUGCGUCGUCGGCUAUGAAGUCGGUUGUCGAGUGGGAGAAUAUUUGGGAAAGAGCCACUACGAGCGUUUCCAUUCUACUGCAACAGGCGGAGUUAUUGGGGUCGCUGCCGCUACUGCUCAUCUUUUGAAACUAGAUGCCGAUCAGACUCUAUCUGCAAUUGGAACCGCUGGAACGCAAGCAGCAGGUCUUUGGCAAUUCCUGAUGGAUGCCACUCAUUCCAAACAGGUUCAUACAGGUAAGGCAUGCUUUGACGGAAUAUUCGCCGCCUACACUGCCCGCGAUGGGCUUCUCGGCACCCGGGACAUUCUGGAAGGACCAAGGGCAAUGGGUGUUGCCUUAGUUCCCGGGGAUACUUAUCCGGAAGCGAUCGACCAAAAUCUUGGGACGGAAUAUGAGGUUCUUCGUUCUAGCUUCAAAUGGCAUGCCUCUUGCAGACAUACUCACCCGAGUGUUGACGCGCUGCUAAGUCUCAUGAAGAAGAAUCAUGUUGCUUUCGAUGAUAUCGAGUCGGUGGUCGCCCGUACUUAUCAGGCAGCUAUCAACGUCCUUGGAUUGACGGGACGAGGGGAGACGGUCCACCAGAGCAAGUUCUCAAUGGGCUUUGUUCUCGCUAUAGCUGCGAAAAAGGGACAGGCAAUGAUUACCGAUUUCACUGAAGAGGAUUUGAAGGACCCUUCGUUGCGUGAUUUCCAACAACGUGUGAAAAUGGAGUUAGAUCCAGUAAUUGACAAUGCAUUUCCUCAGAAGUGGCAGGGAACUGUCAUUGUUUCUUGCAAGUCUGGUCAGACUUUUACUGAAUCUGUGGAAUAUGCCAAAGGAGAUCCAGAAUUCUCCUUGACGAGGGAUGAGAUCGAGAAAAAGACGCGAUCGCUCGCGAAAUAUGGUGGUUUCACAGAUUCUGGAAAAGUUAAUCACCUUAUUGAGAGGGCAUGGAGAUUAGAAAAGGAGAAGAAUGUCAGUGGGUUUGUAUUCUAA